AUGACCGCUCUCUGGACCCAGAUCACCAGUGUGGCAAGUUGGGUCUGCGAGCCAGCCAGUUGCGACAAUGCCUUAAACGAUCAGGUUUUGCAGCUUCAGGCUGUGCUGGACGAGACCCGCCUCCUGCUCAACCAUGAGCAACGGGUCUCGCAGGAAUUGAAGGCCCAAAUUAGGGAUGAGCGGAGGAGGGGAGAGAUGCUGCAGCGGCAGAUGCAAGACAAGCUCGAGCUUCAAGACCACGAGAUCAAGAGACUUUUGGCAGAACUCGAGACGGCCAAAGCGGCGGUGCACGAGAAGAAGAUCGAGUUGCACCAGCCUCUGGAGGAGACCUCCGAAAAUCCGAGCAAGACGCACAGUCUUGCAUUGAAACAGCGAGAGUGCGAGACCGAGCUGUUGGCAGCUCUGCUCGAGCAUGCCACGCAGCAGGCGACUGCCUGCGCCACCGUGAAAAAAGAAUCGACCACCCUGCAGCAACUCCGCUCGGAGCUGGAGGUGGCUCGAGGCAAAGCCUCCGAGGCACAGCAAGCUGCAGAAGAGGUGCGGCAGCAGCUCCAGCAGGAAAAGGUAUCAAGAUUCGAAGUGGAGCACUUGCUUGAACUGCAACGGGAGUCGUUUCUCAGGGAGUUUCACCAUCGCAAGGCCUGUGAAGCCGAAGUUGCAGCUAUUAUGCAGCUCCUGGGGCAACGAUACCCUGACCUUGCAUGCAGUGUCAAGCCAAUAAGCAGUUGA